CCAAAAGUCUCUUGAAAAUUGUCAUGUUCACUUAUAUUUUGUUUAAUAUAUGUAGACGCAUGAACGUAUAAAAAAUGAUUUCAAAAUUCAUAAGUACAGACGUUCUUGCUGUGCUUUGUUUAGAAGAUUACAUUUUAGCAGGAAUUGGAUGUACUCUACAUAUAUACAGCAGAUUUAGUGGUGAAUUGAAGGAAACGAUUAAUGCAACAUAUCCAGAUAAGAUACAUGGUAUUACCAAAGGUCUAUGUAAUAGGAUAGCUGUUUACGGUGCUAAAACUUUAUGCACAUAUGAUUUUAUAAUACACAAUGAUACUAUACAGAUCGCCCAACUAUUUGAGACUCAUCGAUUUAUGGAUUGGAUAAUUUCAGUAAAUUGGCUUCAAAAGACUAAUGAUGUGAUAUCUGUUUUAUUUGCACAUAAUAAUUUGUAUGUUUUCAAUGUAUUUGAAAAACAUUACAAAGAUGUAAAGUGUGUAGAAAGAUGUAUUCUAUAUGGUGGAUCUAUAUCAGGCACGUGCAUUGAAGAUUUAGUCAUUUUUAGUGGUACUUUAUUCAGCGAAACUUUAAUAUGGACAAUAAGAAGCUGUAACGAAGAUAGUAAGACUCGUGCAUCAGUUUUACAACGUUUGAAAGGUCACAACGGUGUCAUAUCCUCUGUAACGUAUGAUGCUUUUACAAAAACUAUAUGUUGCACAUCGGAUGAUAGGACCAUUACUUUAUGGAAAGUCAAAACAACAUCCAAAGAACAUUUUAUUAAUUGGAAAAGCGUAGAAAUUACUUUAACGACGACAAUGUAUGGUCAUAAUGAUAAAGUAUGGAGAGCUGUAGUCAGAGAAAAUAUUGUUGUCAGCAUAGGACAAGAUUCCCUGAUUUGCGUAUGGUCGACUGAUGGCAAGUUAUUAAACAAAAUUGAAGCACAUCCUGGUGCUUGUAUUUGGAGCAUUGAUAUAACAGAAGACAAUAAUACAAUAAUCACGGGCGGUGGAGACGGAGCCAUUUAUCAGUGGCCUCUUGAGCAUAACAAUGUCGAGGUUGACAUUGUAUUAAAAUACGAUAAAACAAGAAUUCCCAAACAUGUUGGUUUUUUAAAUAGCGGCACUAUUUUAAUUUUUAUUGAAGGAAGAAUGUUGCUAUAUAGGAACAAAGCAGAUGAUUAUCCCCGGCAAUUUAUUAAUGUGCCAAAAUAUUCUAGCUAUUGUGUCAUGCAAUUAUCACCAUCCCGAGAAUAUGUAGCUUUAGCUUCCAAGGAUGGAUUUUUAAAUUUACAUAAAGAGAUCAUUGAAGGGGACGAUGUGCAAUUAAAACAAAUCGUAGAAAAAAAAGUGAUGGACUCCAAAAUAUUUUCCAUGCGGUGGUUGAGUAACAAUACUUUACUACUUUGUGGAGUAAAGGGAAAUUUGAAGAUAAUAGAAAUCUCAUCUAAUGAAAUUGUCUCUCAAACUGAGCACAUUUUACCUCCCAGUCGUGAUUGUCAAAUAACCGCUGCUGUUAUGUACAAAAGCUUAAUGAUAUGCGGUGACAGAGCAGGAAGUAUAUAUAUAUUUAAAACAGUAGAAAGUACAUUAAAUUGUACAAAAACUGCAUGCAAGAGUACAUACGCGAGAGAACCGGUGCAAACCUUUCCCAAAAUUCAUGGAAGUCUUGGGGUUCAAUCUUGUGCAAUCAUAGGCACAAAUUUAAUAUCUGCAGGUCGUGAUGGCACAUUAAGAUUUUACGAAUUGCUAAAGUCUGAUGGUGAUAUGUCACUGCGAGUUCUUUGUGAAAAAAGAAUGCCAAUGGAUUGGGUCAGCAAUACUUUAAAAACUGACACUGAUACAUUCGUCUUGGGUUUUAAAGAGGUGGAAUUUAUAAUAUAUAGUAUGGUACUUCGACGUAUAUUAUUGCGAAUUUCAUGUGGUGGUGGACACAGAUCAUGGGACUGUAAAUUGGCUAAUGGUUGUAUAAAAUUCAUUUAUAUACGCGAUAAACAAGUUUAUCUAGUCAAUCGUUCUCUGCACUCAGAAUUUCUACCUAUUUUACAAAAUGGCUUCCACGCAAAAGAAAUAUAUUCAGUUCAGAGACUACUGAGUAAUUCUGAUCAUAAUAUUUUUAUUUCUGGGGGCGAGGACUGCACCCUACGCAUAUUUUCCAUGACAGAAUCUACGUCAGAUAAUGCUAUUUGUGAUUUCAAUACACUUGAUGUAUUAGAUGGUCAUAUAUCUAGUGUUAAAUCUAUAGCAAUUUUAAACACAAAGAAUACAAAUAUGUUCAGCAGAAACUUAAUAUUUUCUGGUGGAGGCAGAGCCCAAUUAAGAAUUUCAGAAAUUACUGUAAGACUGAAUAGGGAAGUCUUAGGCAGUGAAGACAUAAGUUGCGUGCAAUUAAUGUCCCAUAUGUUAUGGGGUACUGAUCAGCAGCGUAGAAAAUCUGUUCAAUCUCAGCAAUACUAUGUAGAUCCUGAGACACGUUAUAUGGAUAUUAGUGCUUAUCAAGAUCCAGUGGACAAGGAGCAAGUAUUCCUAUUUGUGGCCUGUUCUGAUGGAUAUUUGAGGAUAUUCAUAUAUAAUAUUAUCACUGACGCAAUACUUCUAGGAACGUCUAUACGGUAUAAUCGCUGCCUUUUAAAAGUACACUCAUUCACUCAUCGAGAAAAAAUAAUUGUUUUAACUAUGGCCACAGAUGGCAUAAUUAACUUUUGGUAUCUAAGCCCACUGCUUACACAAGUGGUUGAUAAUACAUAUAAAAAUUAUCUUGAUAACUCUCAAAAUAUAACACCAUUUGCAAGUUUUAAAUUACAUCAGUCAGGGAUAAAUAGUUUUGACUUUAAGAUUUCUACAGAGAAUGUUUAUCUUUUAACGACUGGUGGUGAUGAUAACGCACUUAAUCUAAUCGUUGUUGAAGUAUUCAACUUGCCCAAUGGUGAGUUAUCUGCAAAAAUAAUUUCCAAGUGGAAUUCUUCCUCAAUACAUUCAACACAGAUCACAGGAUUGAAAUUUCAUGGAACAAAUAAACUUUAUAGUUCUGGCACAGAUCAAAAAAUAAUAUCUCUAGUUUAUUCAUUUGAUAAACAGAAUUUAUUGGUAAGAGAACAAAGCACAAUAUUAACAAUGAUCCCAGAUGUACAAGGAUUGACCUUAUGCAACACUAAUAGGAAUGGUGAUACACUUUUAUGCGUUUAUGGGAAAGGAUUUGAGAUGAUCACUGAUUAUAGCAAAGUACAAUGAUAACUGAACGCUAAAAGAUUUUUAUUCAUAUGAAUAUUUUAAUGGGGUUUGUAACUUUACAUGAAGUACAAGAAGAGUGUACGAGAUAUUUUUACAUUGAGAAUAAAUGUCAAAAAAUGAA